CUAGGGUGUCAACACUACAAGAGGAAUGUCAAACUGCAAUGUGCCGACUGCGCGCGCUGGUAUACUUGCCGAUUUUGUCACGAUGAAAGGGAAGAUCAUGCUCUAAACCGACGAAAAACGAAAAACAUGCUUUGUAUGGUCUGCAGUUUCCCGCAACCAGCGGGCGCACAGUGUCAGCAGUGCAACACGACCGCUGCGUACUAUUACUGUGAGAUUUGCAAGCUCUGGGAUGACGAUAACGAAAAGAGUAUAUACCAUUGUGACGAUUGUGGCAUUUGCCGCGUCGGUCAAGGUCUUGGAAAAGACUUUUAUCAUUGCAAGACCUGCGGUGUUUGCAUGUCCAUUGCUAUUGCGGACUCGCAUCGUUGCAUUGAAAGAUCAACCGAUUGCAACUGUCCCAUCUGCGGCGAGUACAUGUUUACCUCCCCACACACGGUGGUGUUUAUGAAAUGCGGGCACAGCAUUCAUCACAAAUGCUUCUACGAGCAUAUGAAGACAUCUUACCGAUGUCCCAUCUGCAACCGAAGUGUAGUAAACAUGGAGAUUCAAUUCCGCAAUUUAGAUCGUGCUAUUGAGGAGCAGCCGAUGCCUCCACAAUUUCGAGACACCCAGGCAGUUGUUUCGUGUAAUGACUGUUCUGCCAAGACAAUAGUUCCCUAUCACUGGUUGGGUCUGAAGUGU